GAGUACAGAAGAGAGGAAGUGUGAGCAGAGAUGUUUCAACAUUGCUCUUGCAGUCAAGAGGGAGGGUGUGAAGCAGGGUUAAAAUGCACGUUGUUUGAUCUCCCCCUCACUCGCAUGGUCUUCUACCUUCAGCGUUUACAAGCUAAACUGAGAAGGCACCAAUCAAUAGCUUCGUCCUGAUGAGUACGGUAAUAGUGGAUCUUUGUGAGCCUUCAUGAGUGCCGGGGCGAUACAUCUCAAGAUUUAUUUUGCUGUCUGUUUCUGACUACUCGUGAGGUAUCUCCACUUAGACCAACCAGAAGGCACAGGGGGAAUGGGUCGAAGUGACAUUCCCUCUGUGUAUGUGGUGGACUCCCAUGGGACUCGACCCGCUCUACCGCCUCGGCCGGGCAGAGAGAAGAAGCAGUCCGAGGCGGCACAGUACCUGCUGUUUGUCCUGGUGAUCCUGGCAUUGUUUGGCCUGAUCAUUGAAGCUUGCUUCAUCUAUCAACUUCACAAUUCUAAAAAUGCCGACUCAGCCUCCGUCUCAAAGAGGGUUGGAGCUAGUCCUACUCCGGCCACUGAAAAGCUUUGUGAUGAUGGGAUAUGUCCAUCCAAACCGGUUGCACAUCUGACAGAUGGCCAAGAUGUGCACCUCGACCCACACGUCAUGUCAUGGAGCACAAUUGCGGAACCUCUCCUCUAUGGAAUGACAUAUGAAGACCCAAAACUCAUCAUCCAGAAAGAGGGCUAUUACUACAUCUAUUCAAAGGUGCACUUUUCAGACAUUGGUUCUUUUCACCAUUCUGUCACAGUGCAAACUGAAAGGUAUGCCGGAGGAGUCAUCACCCUCCUGAAGUCCAGGAGGUAUUCGUCGAAGAAUGAAAAAGGAUCCCACAAUCUUUCCAACAGUUUCCUGGGCGGAGUGUUCCACUUGUACAAAAACGAUGCCAUCUGCGUAAAUACCAGCAGCACAAAACACAUUAUACGAAACAAAGCUUAUGAGAAUGUAUUUGGCGCGUAUAUGAUAUAGCUAUCAGACUAACUGGAGACUAUAUUUUUGGUCACUUCGGAAAAAAAAUAAACUCAGAAAGGGACAUGUUGAAUACAAUUUGUGCUUUUGGAAUUUGCUGGCGACUUUUAUUUUUCCAAUGGCAUGAAAGAUUUUGUGAAAGUGAAAGAGUUGUGGACUUUAAUAAGACGACUCUCUUUAUCUACUUAUAAAUAAAAACUAAUAUACUGAUUAAAGAUUUUACUGUUCUGCUGCAAAUUAUUAUUUGCUAAAAUAAUAAUAAAAAAAAACUAUCCUGCACCUUUUAUAAUUUUUUUUAUUUCAUUGCUUCAACACAUUUUUGGGCAAUAUUUAUUUAUUCCUUCCAGAUGUAACUGAGUUAAUAGAGCUGUUUUUGUACAAAAUCCUCCAAUAAAAAAAACACAAACAAA